AUGGAGCAGCUAUCAGAUGAAGAAAUUGACCAUGGUGCUGAAGAAGACAGUGAUAAGGAAGAUCAGGACCUGGACAAAAUGUUUGGAGCCUGGCUAGGGGAGCUAGACAAACUCACUCAGAGCUUAGAUUCUGACAAGCCCAUGGAACCAGUAAAAAGAUCUCCUCUUCGUCAAGAAACAAAUAUGGCCAAUUUUUCUUAUCGCUUCUCCAUAUACAACUUGAAUGAAGCUCUGAAUCAGGGAGAAACUGUGGAUCUGGAUGCCCUGAUGGCCGAUCUUUGCUCAAUAGAGCAGGAGCUCAGCAGUAUUGGUGCAGGAAAUAGUAAGCGUCAAAUCACAGAAACAAAAGCUACUCAGAAAUUACCUGCUAGCCGACAUGCAUCAAAACAUGGCACUUUGAAAGGAUUGUCGUCCUCGUCUAACAGAGUAACUAAAGUGUCACAUGCCAACUACUCCCUGGAUGACAUCACUGCACAAUUAGAGCAGGCUUCCUUGAGCAUGGAUGAGGCUGCUCAGCAAUCUGUACUAGAAGACACUAAGCCGUCAGUAACUAAUCAGCACAGAAGAACAGCAUCAGCAGGCACAGUGAGCGAUGCUGAAGUGCGCUCUAUUAGUAACUCCUCUCGUUCUAGCAUCACCUCUGCAACGUCCAGCAUGGACUCAUUGGAUAUUGAUAAAGUAACACGCCCUCAAGAACUGGAUUUGACACAUCAGGGGCAGCCAAUUACUGAGCAUGCUAUUUCUCUGAGAUGCCCCAGCAAGCAGGCCAAGCAUCAUACUGACUUCACAGAAGAACAGGCUGAGCUGACACCUCACUCCUAUCUGGACAGGGAAACCUCCCUUCUUCUGAGAAACAUUGCAGGAAAACCUUCUCAUUUGCUGACCAAGGAAGAACAGGCAGCAAAAUUGAAAGCUGAGAAGAUCAGAGUUGCCCUGGAGAAAAUUAAAGAGGCUCAAGUGAAAAAGUUGGUGAUCAGAGUUCACAUGUCUGACGAUAGUUCUAAAACAAUGAUGGUGGAUGAGAGGCAGACGGUGAGACAAGUACUGGACAACCUAAUGGACAAAUCCCACUGCGGUUAUAGUUUAGACUGGUCACUCGUAGAAACCAUCUCUGAAUUACAAAUGGAGAGAAUCUUUGAAGACCAUGAAAACUUGGUUGAAAAUCUUCUUAAUUGGACAAGAGAUAGCCAAAACAAGCUUAUAUUUAUGGAACGUAUAGAAAAAUAUGCACUUUUCAAAAACCCACAGAAUUAUCUUCUGGGGAAAAAGGAAACCGCCGAGAUGGCAGAUAGAAAUAAAGAAGUGCUGUUGGAGGAAUGUUUUUGUGGAAGUUCUGUAACUGUACCAGAAAUUGAAGGAGUCCUGUGGCUGAAAGAUGAUGGUAAAAAGUCCUGGAAAAAGCGUUAUUUUCUCUUGCGAGCAUCUGGUAUCUACUAUGUCCCUAAAGGAAAAGCAAAGGUCUCUCGAGAACUGGUGUGCUUUCUCCAACUGGAUCAUGUCAAUGUUUAUUAUGGACAGGACUAUCGGAACAAAUACAAAGCACCCACAGAUUAUUGUCUGGUGCUAAAGCACCCACAGAUCCAGAAGAAAUCUCAGUAUAUCAAGUACCUUUGUUGUGAUGAUGUGAGGACCCUGCACCAGUGGGUUAAUGGUAUUCGCAUUGCAAAGUAUGGGAAACAGCUCUACAUGAACUAUCAAGAAGCCUUGAAGAGGACAGAGUCGGCUUAUGAUUGGACUUCCUUAUCCAGCUCCAGCAUUAAAUCAGGAUCUAGUUCAUCGAGCAUCCCAGAGUCUCAGUCAAACCAUUCAAACCAGUCUGACAGUGGAGUGUCUGACACUCAGCCAGCAGGACAUGUCCGCUCCCAGAGCAUUGUGAGCUCCAUCUUCUCUGAAGCCUGGAAACGGGGCACUCAGUUAGAAGAGUCCAGCAAGCCUCAGGUGCCAAUUGAGAAGGCCAGCACAGCUAAGGUCUGCACCCCUGCAGCAGCCAAGACAGGGUCAAGUUAA